AUGGAGUCCACACCGUCAACAUUACCGAGCCCUAAGCUUCGCGAACUGAUGAAGCAGCACUCAGCGCAAGCCUUUGUGGUUUCAAGCAAGGAUCAACAUUCGAGCGAGUACCUGGCGAAUUGUGAUAAGCGGAGAGCUUUCAUCUCGUGGUUCGAUGGUUUGGCAGGAUGCGCCGUCAUUACUACGGAGAAGGUCUACCUCUUCACUGAUGGGUGUUACUUUCUUCAGGCUGAGAACAGCUAG